GUUGAUAUAUUGAAUAAAAGCCAAAAACAAAUAAAUUCACGCGAAAAGAAUACAAGUACCAAAGAAUAUGCAUUUCAUAAAUCGUCCAAACGGCGUUUCGAAGUCAGAAAUCUGCGCACCGGCCCGGUUGCGUUCGUCGGAAUGGAGGCAAUGAAAUCAUAAAAUCAUGAAUCAAACGUUUGUUUCUGACGGCUGAGAGUAAACUGUGAUCGUUAGUCAUGCCUCGUAGAUCGCUGUUGCUGCUCGCGGCGGCUGUGGUGAUGUUGUAUUUCCUGAUAAUCAUGUUUAUGUUGAGUCCGCUGAAUGGUUCGAAGAGUACAUACUACGGGCAUGGGUAUAUGAAUCACUUCUCGUACCGCCAGCUGCCGGCUGUUAACUGGUGCAAGGAGCUCCGCUGGCGGUCCCCGCCGGCGCCCCAUGUGGUGGCUCUCGUCUCCUACCCUGGCAGCGGGAACACAUGGCUCAGAUAUCUGUUACAGCAGGCUACAGGAAUUGUCACAGGCUCAAUAUACAUGGACCACAGUCUACGAGUACACGGUUUCCCAGCUGAGAAUAUCACGGACGGCUCCGUGUUAGUCGUCAAAACACAUGAAGCCCCGCCCAUUGACCGUGACAAGUUCAAAUCAGCCAUAUUACUUAUAAGGAACCCAAGAGAUGCCAUACUGGCAGACUUUAACAGACUCCACAAGGGCCACAUAGGAACUGCACCCAAAUCUGCAUUCAAGAAGAAGUCUCACGAACAUAAAAAAACAGACUGGGCUACCUACGUGUCUCACGAGCUGGUGGGCUGGGAGUCUCUUCACCGGUUAUGGCUGACUCGCUUCGCUGGGGCUGUCCAUGUGGUGUUCUAUGAAGCUCUGGUCCAGGACACUAGGGCAGCGCUGCAAGGGAUACUGGGCUUCAUUAAUCAUACUAUUUCUGAGGCUGACAUGAACUGUGCAAUAUCCUUCAAAGAAGGCAUAUACCGUCGGAAGAAGAAACUCCAAAACUUCGACCCAUUCACCAGUGAGAUGUACAGUGCGUUGGACGAAGUAAGAAACAGAGUCCUGACGAUGGUCGUGGACUAUCAGAAGAAACACAACGAAAGCGUAAGAGAUAACACGGUACACCAACUUAGCGGGUAAUGUAAUGUAAAUAACUGUAUGUAAAAUACCAAGCGUUCUUAGAAGUUAUAUGCUAAUGAGCUGUUUGUGACGUGGCAAAUAACUAACAAUGAGUACUUAAUUCAGAAAUGUCUUGAGCUGAAAUUCUUAGCAACAAAAUCAUUAUUAAUUAUUAUAUGCAACAAAAUCAUUAUUAAAUAUUAUUACAUUAUUUUACGGUUUUCAAAAAUAAUAUGAAUUUAGCAAUAACUGAAUAAAGGCCGAAUUAGUAAUAAUAAAUAGUGUAAGAAAAAAUGAGAUAAAACAUAAAUUGUGAUCUCAUUUGUACACAUCAAACACCAUACAUACAAAAAUUGAAUGGUUAAAGAAACCAAAAACUUAAUCCUAAACAUAAGAACUUACCUUAAUAAUUCCUAGCAUAAUCGGCCUAAGGCAAAUAAAUAAACAUUAUAAUAGUACAACUGAAACGGGGUUGUGAUCUAAAACAUAUGAUUACCCCCUUCUUUAAAAAAAAGUAUGCUAUGUUCACAUUUAUAUUACGAGGCGUGACUAUCGUAGUAAGUGUGAAUGAAGCUUUAGUGACAUUUGUUUAUAAAGUCCGGUCGCCGAGCAAAUAGAAUUUCGUUCAAUGACCCCAAGCUACCCAUCCUUAUCGCUCGUGCG